AUGGAAAAAGGUUGUGUCGGAUGCAAAGCGGAUUUUUGUAGCAGUCAGUAUACGGAAUCGCUCGAUAGGGAAAAAAUCGAUCGACCCGAACCGACCGAGGCAUCCUGUAAAAUCCUUAGAAAUUUUGGAAAAUGCCUGAGAAUGACGGCAAAAGAAUGUCACGGAAAUAUUCCCUAUCACAGUUCGAUAGUCAUGGUGAAACAAUUGUCGAAAGAAAACAAUUGCGAAGCUUUGAUAGGACCGGAAAAAACUUUACCCUCUCCCCCCUUGCUUAGACCCAGCAUCAUACCAAAAUUACCGGUGAACACGGUACCCGUUUCCGUCGUCACUCAACGCUCUUGCACAUUUCUGGGAAAGAACAAGUUUCGAUAUUGCGGACUUUUCGGGGAUCCACAUUUGAAAACGUUUCACUCAAAGUAUCAAACGUGCAAGCUCAAGGGUGCUUGGCCUCUAAUAGACAAUCCUUAUUUGGCCGUGUCCGUUACCAAUGAACCAGUUAUUGAAAAUUCACCCGCGACGGUUACGACGAAGGUGACGGUCAUAAUCAAGGGAAGAGGUACUUUUUGUACUCAGGAAAAAACGUACGAGGCACAAUCGGAUCAACCUCUUCAAGCGUCUUUCGUUGAUGGAACUCACACGUCCGGACCUAAUCAAAGCGUUAUGUUAAAAUUGGAAGAAAUCGAUAAGAAUCAUCAAGUCGUUGAAAUUUAUUUAAAAUAUAUUGAAACCACCCUUGUUAUUAGACAGGUGGGUAAAUAUUUGUCGUUUGCCGCGAGACUUCCGGAAGAAGUUGCUCUCAUGGACGGGGAAGAUCUUCAACUGUGCACUUCUGGAUGUCCCAAUUUGGAACAAUUAAAUUUAGCCGCGGAUCACGGGGAAGCCAUGUCGUGGGAAGAAGCUUUAAACGUUUGCCAAGAUUCCAAUGGUCUUAGUAAUGAAAUUAAUAACAAAUUAACGGAUCAUUAUUUGGAUUGGUGUGUUUUCGAUGUUAUGACGACCGGUGAGGUGGCUUCGUCUGAUUUCACGGCCGCCGCCCAUUCAGCACAAGCCGACGUUCUCAGGUUCGAUCCGGAAUCGCUUAAAAACCGGACGACAACCAAACUUCGACCACGUGACGUCAACACAAUGGCGACAAAUUUAAAUGGCGGAAGUGAAAAGUGUUUCGGAUUUUUUUUCAGAAGGAUAUUAUUCGCGUUAGUUAUAAUUGCAAUCAUAGUGAAAUGA